AUGGUAUUGAAGGAAACAAUGGAGCUGUUUGAAACCGCUCUGGAAACGGUGAAUCCUUCUCUGCAUCUACCGCUGAAGAACGACUACAUUGCUACAAAAUUCGACCUCAAACCACGAGAAACAACUAAAUGGGAACAUCCUCGCGUCAUACAAGACGAUGCAUGGUGUAGAAUUUGGUUCAAGCAAGACGACGAGUAUGAUCUCCCGAAGGCCGUGACUAGGGUCGCACUCAUCUCUCCAAUGGUGAUGAAGGCCCCAGAAUCAGAAGUGCUCUUGAAGAUGUUCUCACUAUAUUUGCAAGACGCUUUGUUCUGCGAUGUUGCGAAUGCGGAGCUGGCUGGUCUCUACUGCAACAUAAAAGAGGAAGAUUUCGGGCUGCUACUGGAAGGAUACGGAAGUGUAGAUAGAUUGUGGAACUUGUGGAUAGAUUCACGGCCGCUCUUCAAACAAUGCAGCCCCGGAGAGGAGAGCCGGAGCGAAUAG